AUGGAAGCCUCUGCGGUGUCUCUUCUGAAGCGGGCGGUGGAGCUGGACCAGAGUGGGCGCUUUCAGGAGUCUCUGGUGUGUUACCAAGAAGGAAUUCAGCUGCUGAUGGACGUAUUAAAAGCGGUGAAAGAAGAGUCAAAAAGAGGACACUACAGAGAGAAGAUAAAGGGUUACAUGGACAGAGCAGAGCAAAUCAAAUGUCACAUUAAUAAACUGAAAGAAGAUGGGAAAUACCACGAGCAGAUAAAGAUAGCAGCGGAUGCCACUGGUUACAGCUAUGAGACUCUUUUUAGAUCUUACAUCAGUAGUGCAUUAACAGAAGUGUGGGUAGAAGACCCAUACAUACGACACACACACCAGUUGUACAAUUUUCUAAGAUUCUGUGAAAUGCUCAUCAAGUCUUUGGGCAAUGUGAAAAGAAUCCACCUUCUAACUUCACAAGAGGAAAAUGAUAGCCAACAAUCAAGUGCCUUGGCUGAAAUCGAAGAAAGCCUCGUGAGCCUAGGCGUCACUCUUGAUGUGGACUAUUCUUCUACUAUACACGACAGAGAGAUCAGAUUUGACAAUGGAUGGAUCAUUAAGAUAGGUCGAGGCUUGGAUUACUUUAAGAGACCAAAAGGCAGAUUUUCUAUUGGUUAUUGUGACUACGAUCUCAGACAAUGCCACGAGACCACCCUGCUGCCACAGACACGACAGAUGGAGACCUUCGUGGGUGAGACAGAAGAAAGUACUGAGGACUCUUCAGGACGCAAGAAGUCAAAGCUAAAGUCUUUUAAAUCACGUUUCUUUGGGAAAAGUAAGAAAGGGGGAGGAUCAAGCAGAAAGCUGAGUCAGUCUGCCAGUGAUAUCGCGGCGGAAGAGGCACUUGGAUCCGAUGAAAACCUGGCAGACUGCAAUCCAGGAGCCAUGGGAUCUCGGGCAUUUUCUCAUGACAGCAUCUUCUUAGCGGACCAGGCCUUGACGGAGAGCGAGCCGACCAGAGUUGUAUCCCAGGAGAACGUGCACGUGAAGAUCAAGGCACUACAGGAGAAGCUACAACAACAAAAGUUUCAUUUGGGGCCACCACCUACAAUUCCUCCAGUCAAACGUUCAGAAGAUCAGACUAAGCAGCCAGAAGUAGAACACACGAGAGGCCAAGAGAUGACCGAGCAGUAUGCGGUGACACAGGAAAACCUCAAUAAGGAAUUACUCCAAAUAUCCUCUAACCCCACGCCGCCCUGCACUAAACCAGCCCCAAUGACAUCUCCGCCCAAAGCUUCCUCUCCUAUUGAGGAAGCUUCACUCGACCUCUGCUCUCCAGUACAGUUCACCUCCUUAGACACCUCCGCCGCCCGCCACCGCCUGUCUGUGAAACCCCGGAACCAGAGGGCCAGCUCCAAGAGGCGCCACACGGCUGUUGACUCCACGGCCCAAAUAUCUGACCUAAUCAUCUCUGACACUCUCGCAGAGGAAAAGGAACGGACUGAAUUUCAGGAAAAUAUUCUUCGACCAAAAGCUCCCAAACCCGCAGAUGCACCGCUCCGGCCUCACUCCUCUUUUAUCCCAUCAGAAAGCAAGGGGAAAUCUCACAGCUCAGAACAAUUUGACAUAAAUCUUUUCAAAGAUACGCAAAACAAGGCUGGUAAUGUCAAGGCUCAAACAACACCCUCUGAGCAGCUAUCUCUGAGCCCUGGAGUAAUAUUACGAGCUAAAGUUGAGCUAGACAAGACAUCUGCGAUCAAGAGACCUCUCCCAGGCUCUGGUUCCUUUCACCUGUCUGCUUCUAAAAGGAGAGAGGAGGAGGAUAGACCACGCUCGGGCAGUUUUACGGGGGUUCGUGAACAUUGGAUGAAGACAGAAGAGAAGAGACUGGGCACGGGUUCGAAUAUCGAGCCAAAAGUGGAUGUAAAACCUGAUGGAGUUGCCCUUAUGGUGGGAAGAGGAGAAACAUGGAUGAUAAAGGACAAGCUUCGAAAGGUGGAGUUGGUGAGAGAGGUUCAAAGCAAAGUGACGGACACAGGUGACCACGCUGCAGCCGUGAAGGAAGAGGAUAAGGAAGAGGCAACGACGACAUUUGGUGUUAAACUGCGCUCUACGUCUCAGUCUGUGAGGCUAAGGCCUGAAACAACUUCAAAUGAAUGUUUAAAGUCAGCAGUUAUGGAGGAGGAACAACUUAAACAAGAUUCAAGUGAUACUGGCCCAGUGUCUUCAAAAGCCAGCCCUGCAGACACCGCACAAGAGGUCUCUACAGCCCCAGCUCCUGUUACCACACCACAGGUGUCUGCAGAGGCCCCGCCCUCUCAGGUGAAAGGUGUCUCUGAGAGGCCCCAGCCACACGCCACAUCCACAUCCUGGAUGAGCAUGGCUAAGGAAAAGACAAGAAGUCUUCAAAAUCUAUUCACGAGUAAACUUCCAAAAGAGUUUAACGGAGGGAUCUCAGCUGCCUGUUCAACGACACAAACACCAAAUAUAGAGCCACAAAUACAGGAGACAAAGAGUAUGAAUGAACCUGUAAGCAAGACAGAGGAACAGAAAGCCCCAGCUCAACAGAACACAGCACAACUAACAAAAGUAUCACAGACUGCGUCCACAGAAUCAGUUAAAGGCAACAUAUGGACCAGCCAGUCUCCUCUGCGCUCAGUCCGGCAGCAGGAGAGCACAGCACAGAGUAACACGGUCCUCUCUAGUUCCCCCGGCUCGCCUCAGUCCCCUCUCUGGACGACCCGUAGUCUCCGCUCCACCGGGGUCGCCUUCACUCAAGACACCACCUCUGCCAGUAAGACCAGCACCACCCCUGCGGAGGAGACGGAGGGGGGCUCUGUUUGGGGAGGAUCCUUCCCCUCUUGUCCAGCAGAGGUCCGUGUGGUGCGGACACGCGUGUUACAGAAGCUAGAACACAUCCAUAGUCCUACCUCGAUGAAGGCCCUCUACCUGUCGCUGGCGGCCUUUACCGCUGUGCUGUGCGUGUGCGGGGGCUACACCCUGAGGGGCUCCGUGUCCUGGGGGGUCUCUAACGACGUGGUGGAGCCAGAGGACUCUGACUUGUCAGAGGAGGUGGCCCCGCUGCUGGUGGACACCACGGGGCUGUGGAAGAAGCAAAGCGAGGGUCGCGCAGAGACUGUCAAGUCCCAACAAGACGCUGUUGUCCAGCUUUCAUCUCGUCUGUUUUCGUAUCCGGUGAAAAAGGCAAAAGCGUCUGAAAGCGGCUCCCCUCCUCCGCACCAGGAGACCGCCAGGACCGCCAGAUACGUAGCCCACAACAGCGACUGGGGGGUGCUGUCCACCAUCUCAUCUCACGAGGGGAUCAAAGGAAUCCCAUUUGGAAACGUCUUUUCUGUCAGCGAUGGCCCACUGGAUAAUAGCACUGGCAUAAUUUACUUUUAUAUGACUCCAAUGGAUGACUCUGUCUCUGACUUGAAGCUAAAUCCAUAUGCAUCGUUGACCUUCUCGGAGGCUGAAGGCGACUUCUGUCGGCAAAUGAUAUAUGAUCCUGAGGAUCCGAGAUGCGCUCGACUGACUCUUACAGGAAAGUUGAUGGACGUUCCCCCUGAAGAUCUGUUGUUUGCUAAGGAAGCAAUGUUCUCCAGACAUCCUGUCAUGGCCAAAUGGCCUGUAGGCCACAAGUGGUUUUUCAUGAGGCUGGAGCUGAUUCAAGGCUGGUCAGCUGACAUGCCUCUUCACACAGAAGGCAGUGGCGUUAAGUCUUUGCGCUGCCGUCAGAGAGCCAACAGCCUAUCCUGGUCCAUCUGCCCAAAUGGUACUGUGGCCACGGCGAUUAUCUUCUUCACAUCCUUCCUCAGCCUGUCCUGGUACACCGCAUGGCAGAAUGGCAAAGAAAAGCUGAUUGCAUACCAAAGAGAGUUCCAUGCCUUGAAAGAGCGCCUCCGUGUGGCUGAGCACAGAACACUUCAGCGGUCGUCGGAGCUCAAUAGUAUCCUGGAGCAGUUCAGACGGGCCAUCGCUGAGACCAACAACAGCAAAGAUGCCCUCACAAACUUCUCCGACGAAACUCAGAAACUACUGAAGGAACUUGCAAAUCGAAAACCUUUGCAGAUCCCCAAUAUUUAUCACCAUCUGCCUCACCUGCUGAACAAUGAGGGCAGCUUGCACCCGGCAGUGCAGGUUGGUCUUGGCCGCACUGGAGUUACCAUGGUAAUGGGAAUCCCUACAGUUAAAAGGAAAGUGAAGUCCUAUCUGUCAGAGACACUGCGGUCCCUUAUAGACAAGUUAUCUCCAGAGGAGAAACUCGACUGUGUAAUUAUUGUUUACGUUGGUGAGACGGACGUUGAUUAUGUCAACAGUGUCGUUGCUGGCCUUGAGAAAGAGUUUUCCACAGAGCUGAGUGCUGGUUUACUGGAGGUGAUCUCUCCUCCAGCUGCCUAUUACCCUGACCUCACUGCCCUCAAGGAGACAUUUGGAGACUCCAAAGAGCGUGUCAGGUAA